AUGAAUGACUUUGGGAUGAAGAACAUGGACCAGGUGGCUCCUGUGUCCAGCGCGUACCGAGGGACACUCAAGCGCCAGCCGGCCUUCGACGCCUUCGACGGCUCUCUGUUUGCUGUGCUCCCGUCCCUGAAUGAAGAGCAGACGCUCCAGGAGGUGCCCACGGGCUUGGACUCCAUUUCUCACGACUCCGCCAGCUGCGAGCUGCCUCUGCUCACGCCCUGCAGCAAGGCGGUGAUGAGCCAGGCCCUCAAGGCCACCUUCAGCGGCUUCAGAAAGGAGCAGCGCCGUCUGGGCAUCCCGAAGAACCCCUGGCUGUGGACCGAGCAGCAGGUGUGCCAGUGGCUCCUCUGGGCCACCAACGAGUUCAGCCUGGUGGACGUCAACAUCCAGCGGUUCGGGAUGAACGGCCAGGUGCUGUGCGACCUCGGCAAGGAGCGUUUCCUGGAGCUGGCGCCCGACUUCGUGGGCGACAUUCUCUGGGAACACCUCGAGCAGAUGAUCAAAGAAAACCAGGAGAAGACAGAAGAGCAGUACGAAGAGAAUUCACACCUCAACUCGGUUCCUCACUGGAUCAGUAGCAACUCGUUAGGUUUCGGCGUGGAGCAGGCCCCGUAUGGGAUGCAGGCGCAGAGUUACCCCAAAGGCGGCCUCCUGGACAACAUGUGUCCUUCCUCAGGGGCGCCCCGCGCGCUCAGCUCUGAGCAGGAGUUUCAGGUGUUCCCCAAGUCUCGGCUCAGCACCGUCAGUGUCAGCUACGGCCUCGUCAGCCAGGACUUCCCGGGCGGCAACUUGAAUCUGCUCGCCAACAGCUCCGGGAAGCCCAGAGACCACGACUCGCCCGAGAACGGCCCAGACAGCUUCGAGAGCUCAGACUCGCUGCUGCAGUCAUGGAACAGCCAGUCCUCUCUGCUGGAUGUCCAGCGGGUGCCUUCCUUCGAGAGCUUCGAGGAUGACUGCAGCCAGUCCCUGUGCCUCAGCAAGCCGACCAUGUCUUUCAAGGACUACAUCCAGGAGCGGAGCGACCCGGUAGAGCAAGGCAAACCAGUUAUACCUGCGGCCGUGCUGGCCGGCUUCACAGGCAGCGGACCCAUCCAGCUGUGGCAGUUCCUCCUCGAGCUGCUGUCCGACAAGUCCUGCCAGUCGUUCAUCAGCUGGACGGGCGACGGAUGGGAGUUCAAGCUCGCCGACCCCGACGAGGUGGCUCGCCGGUGGGGCAGGAGGAAGAACAAGCCCAAGAUGAACUACGAGAAGCUGAGCCGGGGUCUGCGCUACUACUACGACAAGAACAUCAUCCACAAGACGUCGGGGAAGCGCUACGUGUACCGGUUUGUGUGCGACCUGCGGAACCUGCUGGGCUUCACGCCCGAGGAGCUGCACGCCAUCCUGGGCGUCCAGCCGGACACGGAGGACUGAGCGCGGGCGCCAGCCGGCCCGACCGGCCCGCCCGGGCCCCGCCGGCGCGUGAACACGCCCGAAAGCGGCCGAGAAGCAGAGGCCCUGUUCGUCCGGGACCGCGGUUCUGAGCCGAAAGCAGCCCGUGUCUCCCUUCUAACACCUGCCGACGGGAAGACGCUCUUCCGACGCUUCUCCACGCGAGCGGAGGCAGGGAGCAGCCGGGAGCCCUCCAGCGGUGCCCAGGCGGCGGCUGGCGGCCUGUCUCAGGAGCAGGCGCGUGGGGACGCAGCUUUUUUUUUUUUUUGUCUGUUUUGUUUUCUUGCCUUUGGCGACCAGGAACGGAAAAGCCAAGAAGCCGUCGUUGUCGAGAGGGGCGGGCGGGUGCCAGGAAGUGAUGGCGCCAUUUCAGAAGUUUGUAUAUAUAUUGUUGUGAUCUUAAAUUGUUACCAAAAUCCUCUAGCAGUCCUAUUUAACAGAAAUUGUAUAUUGUAAUUUAAAGUAAUUAUAUAACUAUGAAAUAAGAACGUGGCCGUGUUCGGCCGCCUGCGAGAGCCCACGCCGGCCUCGUGCAGACAGGGGCCGCCAAGGGCCGGCGGACCUGGGGCCGGGCGCUCCUGGCACCUGGCAGUGGGCUACAGGAGUGAGGGAGGCCUACGGGGGGCCCCGGCUGGCUUUGGUUUUGCCUGAGUUAGUGUCUGGCAAGAACUUUGUACAUUUGGGGAUUUUUAUAAGAAAUGUGAUGUUAUUACAAUAGCUGGGCACAUCUGGCCGUCAGCUUUCUCCUUUAAUUGUAAUGUACAAGCUCUAAAGAAGAAUUUUUCUUGACAAAUGGCAUCUGUUUUCCAUUUCUGUGCAUGCCUGUAAAUCAGUUUAUACACAGAGCUUAUUUUUUAGUUCAACUGUGUUUCCCCACCGACUCACCCUGCCCUGACCUGCCUUUCCUUUGUGCCCACCAGCGUGCCCCAGAUGACUCCGUGUGGUUAAAAUAAGAACACUAUUUUUGGAAAUAUGCGACUCCUUUUCAGAGAUCAGGAGGGAUUUAUGUAGCAGCUAUUUUUACUGCAAAAGUAAUUCACUGGAAAAAAAAUGUAAUUUGUAAGAAAGCUUUAUUUUUAUCUCAGCUCCAUGUAAAGUUAAACACUGUACAGAGCUGAAGUGGGGGGCGUUUAUUAACCCUCUUGACAGCAGUGUGUGGUCUGUCCCUCCGUGUUCCCUUGUCGGGUGCUGGGCUGUCCGAAUAAAUGCCUCCCCACUUGGCUCAGUGUCCAUAACAGUUUCCUUGGGUGCAGAAUGCCCAGAGAGGCCAGGCAGGCACACGAUAGAGAGCGCAAUGAGAGUUCACCGACGAAAAGAUUUCGAUGGAGAUUUCCAACUUGGUGCAGCUGUGUUAAGAUCAAGUUGAUUUCAGCGUGUGACCCAACGCCCGAGCCCAUCCGUGGCCGGCGACGCUGAAGAACUGUCCUCGUAACUAGAUCAGGGGGUUGGGUGGUGGGAGCUGCGGGAGUCCAGCUGAAGCGGGCGUCAGGGCCUGAGCCCACCCCACAGCGAUUUCCAGGAUCCAUAAACACAGGAUGUGUGUCUCGAGCCGGACCUGUUUAUCACGCCAACAUCUGUUUAUAACAUCAACAGACAGACACGGGCUGGGGAACGUCUUGCUGCCAAAAGAAAUCUUAGGCAUCGGCUCCUUUUACAUGGGGCUGAAACACGUGAAACUGCCGGUGUCUGACUUUUUUAUCUACAAAGCUGGUGGUUUCAAGUGCUCCUAAUAGUCAUGAAAACCGAAGUCCAUUAUAAAUCUUUGGCAUGUUAAUGAACCACCUACGUAUAAAAAUUUUGUAGUUGGCCUUUCUUUCUCAAAU